AUGGCGAAGAAGAUGGUAGAGGAUGAACAGACCCAAUCCACAAACCCCAACCCCAACCCCAAUUCCUCAAUCCCGAACCCCCCGACCCCAAUCCCCCUGAAUCCCACCCCAACCCCUAAACUCCCAAACCCCACUCCCCACUCCGCAACCCCAAUCUCUUGUACCCCAUCCCAACCCCCAACUCCUAAACCCCAAAUCCCGAAUCCUCCAACCAUUCCAUAUGAACCCCAAUUCCUCAAUCCAAACCCUAUUCCCAAAUUCCCCAACCCCCAAACGCCACUCCCCAACCCCCAACUCCUAAACCCCAAAACCCCGAAUCCUCCAACCCCAUUCCAUGAAUCCCAAUUCCUCAAUCCUGAACCCUAA